UUUAAGAUGGACAUCGUUAAGUUAUAGAAUGAUUUUCAAAUCAUCAGUAUUCAGUACACCUUUUGAUGCAGUAGAAUGAUCAUGAAUCAGAAUUAUUGAUGCUGGCAGUGGCAGACACUGCAGCAUGACGCAUAUGUGUGCCAUCUGGACUGCUUACCUAGUUCUGACAUGACUAUUAAUUGCUGAUCAGACCAGUGGCCAGUUCAGGAGCACAGCUGCUUAGCUGGCAUCAUCAUGUCCAAGCGGAAGAACAAGGUGCUGAUAUCGGAGAGUGAGGACAGUGAUGACAGUGCCAGCGGCAGCGGCUCAGACCUCGACUCGGAGCUGCUCUCGCUGGCCAAGAAGAAGCAGCGCCGCGAUGAGGGCUCUCCACCGGCGGCCGCCGCCGCCCCGGCCGAUUCCGACACCUCCGACAGCGACGACGAGUGGGGCGCCGGCGGCAAGAAGAAGAAAACGGUGCGCCGCCGCGCUCCGGCGCGCCGCAGCUCCGGCUCCGGCUCCGGCUCCGGGUCUGGUUCAGAGUCCGACGAUGAGUCUGAGGGCGAGAAGCCGGAGAACAAGUCCGAGCCCGAGGAAGGCGAGGUCUCCGAUUCGGACGGGGACGCCGAGUUCGAUGACGGCCUCGACGAAAACCUGAUGGGUGACGAGGAGGACCGCGCGCGCAUGGAGAAGAUGACCGAGAAGGAGCGAGAACAGGAGAUCUUCAACCGACUCGAGAAGCGCGAGGCGGCUAGGACCAGGUUCGAAAUCGAGCGUAAGCUGAAGAAUGCCAAACGUCGCGAGCAGCAGAAGAAGCGGGAGAGCCGUCCUCCGCCUAAGGCGGUCAAAGAGCCCGAAAUCAAGCGCACCACCGACCGCAAAAAGGCCAUGGAGGAAAACAAGGAGCGACAGGACAAGAAGGGCAGUGCGCUGAGUCUGCUGAAGGCACAGCGGGAGCAGAAACUCAGAGACGCCGAGGAGCGCGAAAAGAAACAGGAGGAGCUGGAGCGUAAGAAGCGGGACAGCGCGGCCGGCUCGGCCGCCAAGCCGGCCAUAUCGUCCGAUUCAUCGGACUCAGAUAGCGAGAAGCGUGGCAAGGGCGGCAAGCUGCGCACCACAGACGUCUACAGCGACGACAGCGGCUCGUCGAGCGGCGACGAGCGCUCGCCGCGCCGGCGCGGCGGCUCCAGCUCCGAGUCGGAUACCGACCGAGGACACAAGCGCGCACAGCCCAAAAAGAUUCAGUACGUCACCGGUCGAGAGGACCUGCUCAAAAUCCGGCUGUCGCGACAUAAAUUGGAAAAGUGGUGCCACGCGCCGUUCUUUGCCGACACGGUGAAGGGCUGCUUUGUGCGGGUCGGAAUCGGUAACAACGGCGCCGGCCGGCCCGUGUACCGCGUGGCCGAGGUGACGGCCGUCUGCGAGACCGCCAAGGUGUAUCAGCUCGGCACCACGCGCACCAACAAGGGUCUCCGGCUCAAGCACGGCGGUCAGGAGCGGGUGUUCCGACUCGAGUUUGUCAGUAACCAGGAGUUCACGGAUACUGAGUACUCCAAGUGGGUAGAGAUGUGCGCCAUGCAGGACGUCGAGCUGCCCACCAUCGACGCCGUCGAAAAGAAGGUGGCCGACCUCAAGAAUGCCAAAAGUUAUACGUACAAAAACUCCGAUAUUGAUAAGAUUAUAUCGGAGAAAUCUCGGUUCAAACAGAACCCUACUAAUUUCGCCAUGAAGAAGAGUCAGCUGAUGAAGGUUCGCGAAAUGGCCCAGUCGCAGGGUGACGAGGCUACCGUCGACAGAAUAAACCAGGAGCUGAACACGCUGGAGGAGCGUGCCCAGGAGCUCGACCAGAGGCGGACGGGCAGCCUGCAGAGCAUCGCCUACAUCAACGAACGAAACCGAAAACGGAACGUGGAGGAGGCCGAGAAGGCCAUCAUGGAGGAGCUGAAGCAGACGGGCGGUAAGCGCGCAGAGGACCCGUUCACCCGCCGCUGGUCGCGGCCCAAGCUGAUGUCCAGCAAGGGCAAGGACUCGGAGGUGGCCACCAGCGCCGAGCAGCUGCGGCAGAUGGAGGAGCAGCGGCGGCUCCAAGCCGAGAUGAAGGCCAAGGAGGAAGAGGAACGGAAAAAGCGUGAAGAGGAAGAGAAGAAGAAAGAAAAAGAGAAAGCUAGAAAAACCGAAGAUCACAAUGAUAUGUUUGAUGCACAUAACUUCGAUAUCACAAUCGACCUUGGCGCACCUCCUCCCUCACAAACAACCACCAGUAGCGUGACGCCGAAGCUGCCCCGGCAGCUGGACAGCAUCACGCCGCGCCGAUCCCUCAACCUGGAGGACUACAAGAAGAAGCGCGGCCUCAUUUAGGGCCCGCCGAACUCCUAGGAAGACGGCUGUGCCCGUCGUACAAGGCUAUUAACUUAUUCUCCCGAGCUGGCGGCGCCCAGCGCCGAGAACCGGUCGCGUCCCGUGCCUCGUUCGCUCGCUGUCGGGUCGGCUGGAGUGACGUCCCAGUGGUGCCAGCCUCGGAGUGUUGUCCGCGGCUGGGAGGUGGUGCGGCCGUCGGCGGCUCCUCAUCCCGACCCGUGGCCGGCGGGUGCCCCAGUGUCUUGUAGCGGUCGGCCCCGCCACCGGCACUCACUGAGAACUAUACGCGGUGGCGACUCGAGCUGCCGAGUCGCGGUCUUAUGAUGUAGGUGACCUGUGCGCGGCGCGUUAGCCGUCCCGUGAGACGGUACUUUGUCGAGUGUUCGGUUUUAGUCCGCGAGGACUGUGAGAGACGCGUACAGACUCGUGUUCCGUGAUCAUGCACCCGUUAAGCCUGCUCAGACUGAAUACAGGCACAUGCUGAGAUGA